UCCCAGUUUGCUAUACAGAACAAUGCCUGGUCACAGGGCGGAACACAGGACAGUUGUUUCUCUGUUUCAGGCUAUCCUGUCUCGGUGUCGGGUGUAAUAACGGUACCGGUAUCCGCUAGUAUGUAUCAGACAAUGGUCGCCAAUAUACAAAGUGACGGCACAAUGCAGGUAGUUACGCCGAUGGUCCAAGUACCGAAAGUUGAGCCGGGGAACGGAGAAACUAGUAUCGAAGCCGUCACUAUACAGGGCCAUCCGAUGACAAUGAUAAACGCAGCCGGUGAACAUCAAGUUCUACAAGUGAUAUCGUUGAAGGAUGCCAAUGUCCUCACCAAAGCUAUGCAAGCUGAAGUAGUGAAGGAUGAGGAUAGUCAGCAACAACAAACCGUCUCUAGUCCAGAAUAAAACGUUUUACAUAGUUAAUAAAAAGAAAAAAAAAGAAACACAAGAACUCAAAAAGACGAGAACAAUAGAAGAACCAGAAGCUUUUAUGUUGACACCAAAAUGCGACACAGGUGAACAUUAGUGGUGUUGAAGUAAAGAUAAAAAACAAAACAAAACAGUAAAGAGAUAGAGCGAAAGUGAGAGCGAGAGAGAAAGAAAGA